AUCUUCUUCGGCCUUCACCUUCAAGCUUGUUCGAUUCUGUACAGAUUUUAAAAAUGGUGUCGUUCAAGGUCUCUGUCGUCUCCACUUCGCCUAUCGAUGGCCAGAAACCGGGAACUUCUGGACUCCGUAAGAAGGUGAAAGUGUAUAAGCAACCUCAUUACUUAGAAAAUUUUGUUCAGGCGACGUUUAAUGCUCUUACUCCUGAUAAAGUUAAAGGUGCCACACUUGUGGUUUCUGGUGAUGGUCGUUACUAUUCAGAGCAAGCUAUUCAGAUUAUAGUUAAGAUGGCAGCGGCUAAUGGUGUUAGACGUGUGUGGGUUGGUCAAAAUGGUCUGCUAUCAACUCCUGCUGUAUCAGCUAUUAUUCGUGAAAGAGUAGGGGCUGAUGGAUCUAGAGACACAGGAGCGUUUAUAUUAACAGCAAGUCACAAUCCUGGUGGCCCUACUGAGGAUUUCGGAAUUAAGUACAAUAUGGAAAAUGGUGGACAAGCUCCUGAAUCAGUCACUGAUAAGAUUUACGAGAACACAAAGACAAUCAAGGAGUACCCGAUUGCGGAAGAUCUUCCCAGGGUAGAUAUUUCUGCUAUUGGUAUAACCAGCUUUGAGGGACCUGAACUUCUGCUAGUGGCACGCAUGGGAUUGAGUAAAACUGAUGAUGCCGCAGUCGAGCCUCCAGAGUUUGGCGCCGCUGCUGAUGGUGAUGCAGACAGAAACAUGAUCCUUGGUAAAAGGUUUUUUGUAACUCCUUCGGAUUCAGUUGCCAUAAUUGCUGCAAAUGCUGUUGCGGCCAUACCAUACUUCAGCUCUGGUUUGAAAGGUGUUGCUAGGAGCAUGCCGACCUCAGCUGCCCUUGAUGUCGUUGCAAAAACCUUAGGUCUGAAGUUCUUUGAGGUUCCAACAGGCUGGAAUUUUUUUUGCAAUCUUAUGGAUGCUGGGAUGUGUUCUGUAUGUGGAGAAGAGAGUUUUGGAACUGGUUCGGAUUAUAUCCGUGAGAAAGAUGGGAUUUGGGCAGUUCUUGCUUGGUUAUCCAUACUGGCUCACAAGAACAAGGAAAGCCUUGAAGGGAAUGCAAAACUCGUGACGGUGGAAGACAUCGUCCGCCAGCAUUGGGCUACUUAUGGCCGUCACUAUUACACUCGAUACGACUAUGAGAAUGUAGACGCAACUGCAGCUAAAGAACUCAUGGGGCUCUUGGUUAAGUUACAAUCUUCACUUCCUGAAGUCAACAAGAUUAUAAAGGGAAUUCAUCCAGAAGUGGCAAAUGUUGCAAGCGCAGAUGAAUUCGAGUACAAUGAUCCAGUAGAUGGCUCUGUUUCAAAGCACCAAGGGAUCCGAUACUUGUUUGAGGAUGGAUCACGACUUGUGUUCCGUCUCUCGGGCACUGGCUCGGAAGGAGCGACAGUAAGGGUCUACAUUGAACAGUAUGAGAAGGACGCCUCAAAGAUUAGCAGAGAUACUCAGGAUGCUCUCGCUCCUCUGGUUGAUGUUGCUUUAAAGCUGUCAAAAUUGCAAGAGUUCACCGGGCGAUCAUCCCCAACCGUCAUUACAUAAUACAGGUUACCCAAGACGAUGUCUCCGAUACAAUACUGUUCUUAUAACUUCAUUUCGUAUGAAUUACUCGAAUGAUACGAUAUUAUACAAAAUUAUACGUCUAUACAAUAAUGGAAAAUACAUUAGGCUCGCAAUCAAAUUCUAGCUUUGUUCGACUCCCCAAAAGAAAAAGAAAAAUGCCACAACAUCGGAGCAUGUGUGCCAGAUGGUAGCAAGAGGAAAAAGCGAUCCAACAAUAACUGAUACCUAAUUCCUGUGGGGUGCGGUGUACACAAAUAGAUAAUGGACCCGAGAGGAUGCGAAUGGCAAACUAGAAUUCAAAUGUUUAUUGGCUUUGAUUGGUAGCACUCAAUCGCUUCUUUUGCAAAGGAGAUGUUCAAAUGGCUAUCAAUCAUCAUGUGGGUUGGAGAUGGUAUUUGGGAUGAGCAGUUGGAGUCGAUGAAAGGAGUGAAUGGUUGAAAGUGAUUUUGAGCAG